ACUAUAAUCUUACGAAAGGAGGCGUAGAUGUGGUCGACAAAAUGAAAUCUGAAUACUCAACAGCACGAUUCAGCAAUAGAUGGCCAUAUACCGUAUUCUGUGGCCUUCUGAAUAUAUCAACCAUCAACAGCCCAAUAAUCUAUCGAGAGAAUACAAACAAUAUUAUUACCAGAAGACAACUUAUAUCGGAACUUAGUAAAUUGCUUGUCAUGCCUCACCUGUAUAGACGUUCUCAGAUUCCAAGUCUGCCUUAUCUACUUAGUCAAAAGAUUAGAAACAUAACUGGAGAAAGACCAACCCCAAUAGAGACCAAGACACUCAAGCCAAAAUUAGUAUCUUGA